AUGACUGGGGUCCCCAAAAUUGUGUUUAGUUGCGGCCGUGACCAUGGAUCUCCUCCCCCGUACCCGCCGCGGCUGUAUUAUGUACCGGUAUGUGUCUGCUCGUCUGUAUCCCCCCCCUCCUACUCAACGAGAGACAUCUCUCGUUGGUGA